AUGCCUCUGCCUACGUUGCUCCGUGUAAGUUUCUUCUAUACACUCUCCUAUGCCCCGGGACCGUUGUUAUACUCCAUCUUCACCUCAAGCACGGCGCUGAGAUUAAUCAGCAUCGGCAAUCAUCUGGCCACCCGCCAGAACCAAUCAAAUCAGCCGCGUGUUGGAGAAAAGGCGCUAAGAGGGAAAAUGGCAUUCCAAUUGGCCGACCAUCCAAUUGGAAAGGGGCAAAACCUGACGCGGGGAGAGGGAGAGAGGGGUGGAGAGACGGUGUCCUCUGCGCAGAUCAAAUGA